AAUGAAAGUGUUUUAUGGGUAUGAAAUAUUUGUAAGUGGACGUGGCUACAUGUCCCAAAUGGCUUUGGGGUUAAAUCACAUUAUUCCAGAUUUUUCUGGUCUUCCUUGGCUCAAAGACACUCAAAGUUCAUCUCUGAAAGUUGGGGGUUUACUUCAGACAAUCUUCUUGCCCAGAAAAGUCUUACUCAGAUUCAGGGACAGGGAGGACUGGGCAAGAGAGAACCAGAUGGGGACAUGGAAUUGUCAUGAAAAGAGAUUUUUUUGGAAGCACAGGCUUAAAUUUCAUGGGUUUGUAUGUUUUUGUUUUCAGUAAGCAAGUGUCAUCUCACUUUUCUUAGGUCUCUGGGUCUCCCUGAAGCUGCUCCCUGGGGAUCUGGCUCAGGUUCAGAAGGAUUUCUCCCACCUUGUAGACAGAUCCACUGCAGUGGCUCGAAAAAUGGGUUUCCCUGAGAUCAUCCUUCCUGGUGAUGUCCGGAAUGACAUCUACGUCACCCUGAUCCAGGGGGAGUUUGACAAAGGCAAGAAGAAAACCCCCAAGAACGUCGAGGUCACCAUGUCUGUGCACGACGAGGACGGGAACCUGCAGGAGAAAGCCAUCCACCCCGGGGCUGGCUACGAGGGAGUCUCGGAGUACAAGUCUGUGGUUUAUUACCAGGUCAAGCAGCCCUGCUGGUACGAGACUGUCAAG